UCUUGCAAGCCCAGACCGCGUUCAACCGAAACCUCUCCAAUUAUUUCUCCCCCCGCUCCCCGCUCACAUCACAACCACAAUUUUUUUCUGCAAUCACAUCAUUGUUCUCGAAAACUGUUAUCGAUAGAUACGAGCAAGAGUGUGUAGGACCACCCCCCUUGAGAGUACAAUCGAAGACCUGAAGCCAACCCUCAAGAUGUCCAAGAAAACAGGUGCAACCAUGGAAAUCCUACCCAUUGGAGAUCAAAUUGUGAGGUUCCUUGUUAUCCUAGUCAUUGCUUGGAUACUCUCCUACUCCACCAUGAGUGCCAACCCCAAAUGGGCCGUUGAGACUUAUGUUCCCUGGAGUUUUUGGCUGCUUCAUUAUUUGAUCAUGUUUGGAAUUGUUGGAGGAUGGCCACUGACAGCACCAUUCGGUGACUAUGGCAAGGCAUAUUGGAGAGGCCACCGUCGUAUCCUGCUAGGUCUUACCAUGACAGGCCUAGUGAUUGGAAUAUCAACAGCUUUGUCGGCAUUCUUCGCCAAUGUCUAUCCUGGAUACCCUUUGUUCCCUGGAGGUGCCUGGUUUGGCAUUUGCCUCUUCUACAUUUCAUUGUGGUGGGUUUUCAACAUUCAAACCCUUCCAAGGCCUCUCAUCCCAUCACAUUCAUCUCCCCCUGUGAACAUUGCCAUCAACUCACUCAUAAUUAUCUUGUUGUCAGUGAUGAUCUUUCAAAUUAUGGAUUUUGAAGGACCUGCACAUGAUGAUCCAUCCAACCCACAUGGGCCCAUCCUCGCAGGUUACGUCUUUGGACAACUUGUCAGCAUUACUGUUUGGGUCCAAUGCUUUGCCAGCAACAUGGUCUUUCAGGGCUUUUCUGGAAGUCCCCUUGAAAAUCUCCCAUAUCCAUUCUUGCCAAUAUUGCUGUUGGUGAUGUCUCUUGGUCUCGGAGUGGCUACCUAUCAACUUGUCAUUGCUGCUGGUGUGGACCAAGCCUUUUAUGCAGAGGCCGUUGGCACAUCUCAAAUCUGUGGAUCUCUGUUUCAUACAGUGGCAUUUGACUUCUGGCCCUACCACAAGAUCCGCCAGCCACUCCGUGGGUUGUAUUCUUUUGUGUUGUCACAAGUCAUCUUCCCAUUCUUUUGGAUAUGGUUGUGUCGAACCAUGUUGGCACCCAUCUAUGAUCUAAUGGUGGCAGCUGAUCCUCUAUAUUCUGAAGAGUUUACGGAGCAUACCCUGAUCCAUUGGUUCUCACUGCAUGUGGUGACGCCCCUUCUUCUCAUUCAUCAAUUCUUCUUCAUGCGAUGGCCAUUUCGGCCUGCUGGACCCAUGCUGGGGCCAAUGGAUGUUGGUAUUGCCAGACCCAUGAAUGUUCGUGUUGUCAUUCAGGAUCGCGAUCAUGAUAGUGGACUGGUCAAAGUUGCCGAUCCAGAGCUUGAAUCCAAGGAAACACGUCUUGAGGAUGGUCCACUGACCGAUUCCGAUGAAGAAAGGGAGAUUUGCUUUCCGCUUGGGCCCAUGGAUACUGUUAUAUUGCAUCAUCACGACGAAGCAGCUCUUGCUGAUCCAGAACUCAAAUCCAAAGAAGCAGCACGCUUCGAGGAUGGCACACGGGGUGAUUCCGAUGAUGAGAGCGAGAUUUGUUUUCUGCCAGACGAAGCAGAAUGUUAGUUGCCUCUGCAGCGCCCGUAGAUGUGCCAUCGCAGAUGUGAACCGAAGCUGUGGUCAAAUACCGGUACUCAGCCGCAGACUCUCAGAAGCUUUGGUUGCCUGGCAGCUGCUUCUUUGUUAACUUAAAAGCUAGUUUGUUAC